AUGGACGUCGACACAACAGGCUGCGUACCAUACCAGCCAGGCGUUGAAACCAACUACGGAUACGUCCCGUCAAAAGCAGCCGGCAUAACCUUCAUAACUCUGUUCAGCCUCUCGACACUCCUGCACCUAAGCCAAACGAUUCGAAGCCGACAGUGGUGGACACUCCUCUUCGCCAUCGGCGGACUGACCGAAGUAAUCGGCUGGACCGGCCGCACCUGGUCUGCCCUCUGCCCCUACAACACCGCCGCCUUCCUGAUGCAAAUCACCACCCUCAUCAUCGCCCCCACCUUCUGGACCGCCGCCCUCUACCUCCUCCUCGGCACGCUCACCUCCCUCCCGCGCGCGCCGCCCUCCCCCCUCCGCCCACACACCUACCUCGCCCUCUUCCUCUCCGCCGACCUCGUCUCCCUCCUCCUGCAGGCCAUCGGCGGCGGCAUGGCCAGCGUCGCCGCGGCCGCCCUGCCGCCCGGCGACACCGCGCCGGGGACGCGCAUCAUGGUGGGGGGGAUAUUGUUCCAGCUGGCUGCGAUGACGGUGUUUGUGGGGUUGAUCGUGGCGUUCGUGGUGCGGGGGAGGGGUAGGAGGCUGGGCGGAAGGGUGCGGUGCGGGGUGGGGGCGAUGGCGGGGUGUGCGGGGUUGGUGUAUGUGAGGUGUGUGUAUCGGGCGGUGGAGCUGCUGGGGGGGUGGGAGGGGUGGGUGGCGACGCAUGAGGUGUGGUUUUUGGCGUUGGAUGGGGGGGUGAUGGUGGGGGCGGUGGGCGUGUUUAAUUCGGUGCAUCCGGGGGUGUUUCUUGGUGGCGGGGCGAGGGGGGAGGAGAAGGGGGAGGGUGGAGGUGGGCGGGUGGAGUCUUGGGCGGCGGGGGUGGGGGAUGAUGGCGAGGAGAAGGAGGGAGAUAGUAGGCCUGGCACGGCUGUUUGA